AUGCCUCCAAAACGAACUACGCAGAACUCGAAUGCAGAGCAAACAAACAACAGAGUCCCUGACAAUCCGCACAUUACCAAUACUACGGAACCCCCCCAAGUCGAGCGAACGCAGGAGCGCGACCUGCGGAAUGCCACCAUACCAGAAAUCGACACAGCUAUAGAAAGAGCGCAGGAAAAGGAAAUUCGACGAAUAAAACUACAAGAACUACAAGAAAUUGAACAGCGAUUGCGCCAACAAGACCAUAUACCCUUUCAUGAGAUGAUCAACGCACAUCCAUCCGAACCUUCCGCACCUGCGUCUGAGAUUGAUUUCCCAACUCGACCAAGUACACCUUCAACCUCAGUUAGUGCGCGAACUGAAUCCACGCACUUCAAGAAACCUCCACCCAGCAUCCAGAAUGUCUCCACCUUCAACGCUUCAGGCAACAAGGAACUCGAGACGUUCAUGAACAAAUUGACAAAUCACUUUGAGAUGUAUCACGACUAUUUUGCGCUCAAUGAAAAAGGCAAGAUAGCAACUGCGGCAGCAUUCCUCAGCAAUGACUUGAUCAAUCGCUGGAUGCGCGAGAGGAAGAGCAAUCCAGAUGCCACUUGGGAAACUUUUCAAGCCUUCUGCCAAAGAGAAACUGCAGAUCCACGUCUCCAAUGA